CCCCUCCCUGUCCAAGCCCUCUGUGUAUCACGAGCCCUCCAGUCUGGGCUCCAUGGGUCUGACAGAGGGAGCUCUGAGUCAUCAUGACCUCAUCAGGGUCGUCUACAGCGGGCUGCACCCUCAGAGAGAAACCUUCACUGCCCAGAACAGGUUUGAAGUGCUGUGUUUCCUCAUGUUGUGCUACAACUCUGCUGUGGUCUACAUGCCUCUCUCCUCCUACCAGUCAGUCUGCAGGAUGAGCUCACGGUUGUGUGUAUGUGGUUUCCCGCAGCAGCAGCAGAAAGUGUGGAGAGAGCCGUGUAACCGUGUGGUGCUGGACCCAGAGUUCAUGGUCCAGAUGCUGACCGCUGUGUACCAUGCCAUAUAUAAUGGCGAGUGGGAGAUGGGGAAGGAAGCUCUGGAAGACAUCCUCUACAGAGCUCAGCUGGAACUCUACUCUCAGCCCCUACUGCUGGGUAACGCUAUGAAGAGUUCCCUGCCAGACAACGCUCCAGACGAGACGCGAGGCAGGAAGGUCCUUCAGGUGGAGGUCACGCCAACCGUCAGUCGCAUCUCCCGCUCCGCCAUCACUGCCGCAUCCAUCAGACGACACCGCUGGAAGAGGGAGGAUGCUGAUGGGAUGAGUGUAGGUGAGGAGUCAUUCAACCUCAACGACCCAGACGAGGGUUUCUCCUCAGGGGCUUCCAACAGCAGUCAGCCCAGCGCCACCAAGCCUGGGGGCCCCGGGCCCCGGGGGGGCAGUCAGAAGAGCAGCAGCGUCAAGAAGACAGUCACUGCCAGACUGUCCCGAGAGAGAGAGCGGGAGCUGAUGCAUAGGGAGAAGGAGAUGGAGAAGAUGAAAGACCAGGAGAGAGUGAGGGAGAAGGAGAGAGAGCUGGAGAGAUGGAGGGAGAAGGAGAGGCAGAGAGAGAGGGUGGCGGAGAGUCGCAGGGAGCUGUUCUCCGCCGUGGUGGCCACUCCCACAGCAGCUCUGAGACGACGUCAGCAAACACAGACCCCUUCCCCUGCUCCUCCCCCCGUCACCAUGGACACCAUCGACAUCGAGCUCAGCCCAAUCAAGAAGCAGCAAUCCUUCCCUGGCCCCUGCCCCAGCCCCUCCCCCGGCACACUGGUCCGAACAGCCAGCUCCACCUCCUCCAAGUCAUUGUAUGAAGGUGUGAACAUGAACCUGAACGGCAGCAUUAGCAGCCUGGGGGGGGCUCUGGGAGGUUCUGGGGGGCUGGAGGGGGCUCUGGGAGGGCUGGGUGCCAGCGUGGGGGGAGGAGGGACCCACCGCUACUCCACCAUCAGCCUGCAGGAGGAGGUGCUGGCCCGGCCUGAGGAGAACCAGGAGCUACUCUCCUCGGGAGCGCCCCUCACCAAGCAGUCCCGCUCCCCCAGCUUCAACAUGCAGAUCAUAUCACAGGUGUAGCCUAGCCUGGUGGGUUGGCGGGGGGGCCAGGCAGGGCGGGACCUGGUGGGGAGGUAGACGCGCGCACACACAUAUAGACACACACAAAUUAAUACAUACAUAUAUAU